GUCGUUUGGUUGGGUUGGGUUUUUUGAUGUUGUUUUUGUGGGGUUUUGUUUUUGAUUUUUGAGUUGUGGGUUGGUUUGGUUUGGGUUUUUUGYUSUAACGGGGGUGCAGCAGGCGGUGCACGCCGCGGACUACAUCCCCCAGCAUGCCCCGCGGCGCUCCGUGACGUAACCAUCGUUCGGUCCCGCGCCGCGCAGGGGCGUGUCCACUCCCGCGUGCCUGUAAAACCGCGCGCUGGGACGGGGUCGCUGCUCGGAGCGUGAUUGGCUGGAGGCGCCGCCAUCGUGCGGGCGGUGAUUGGCGGAGCCGGUGAGGCGCGGAACGGGCGCGGUGCGGCCAUGAUGGCGGGCGAGRUGGGGCUCGGGGCCGGGUGGCGCGAUGCGGACCCCGACCCGGCUUCGGCUCCGACGUGGGCUCUGGCACUGACACCGCCCCCAGCACCAGCAUGGGCCCUGACCCCGGUCCCGACAGCCUCUUUAUCUCUGGCCCCGGAGUCUCUCCAACGCCUGCAGGACCUGACCGGCGAUGGAGGGGUGCGCAAGGAGCAGCUGCGCCCCGGCACCGGGCAGCCCGUGCCCCCGUCCGCCUCCGUGGCAGUGAAGUACUCCGGGUACCUGGGAAGCUGGAAUAARCUCUUCUGUUCAAGUGGGAAUAGCAAGUAUCCAAGGCUGAUGAAACUUGGAAAAGACAUCACGCUGUGGGGGCUGGAGAUCGGGCUGCUGUCCAUGACCAAGGGAGAAGCUGCGCUGUUCAUCCUCGCACCAGAAUAUGCCUACGGCCAGCGGGGCUGUCCCCCCUCCAUCCCCCCAAACACCACGAUCCUCUUCAAGGUGGAGGUUCUGGACUUCAUAGACUCAGAGGAAUGUGACGCAUUCUUUGAGUUGACUGACGAGCAGCAGGAGAGACUUCCUCUAGAAAAGCUGUUGAAAGUGGCAGCCACAGAGAGAGAAUUUGGCAACUACUUCUUCUAUAAGCAGUGCUUCAAGAUUGCCAAGGACAGAUAUAAGAGGGCACUCUCCAUCCUGGGUCGCAGUUCUUCCAGCAAGGCAGAGCAGAGCCAGAUCAAUGCUUCYAAACUGCUGCUGUUCCUAAAUCUCUCACUUACUUACCUGAAACUGGAACAUCCUGACCGAGCUUUGAAAUACGGGAAGUUGGCCUUGGAGAUGGACCAAGGAAAUGCCAAAGCACUAUUCAGAUGUGGCCAGGCGUGUCUCCACAUGAGGGAAUACAGCAAAUCCCAGGAUUUCCUGGUCAGAGCUCAGCACAUCCAGCCCUUCAACCGUGAUAUCAACAAUGAGCUGAAGAAGUUGGCAAGGUACCAAAAGGAGUACAUGGAAGUGGAGAAACAAAUGUGCUGCCAAAUGUUUAAUCCUCUCAAUUCUUAUGGCUGAGAAGAAAUCAAGGACUGUUCCAGUUGUCCAGCUCUUGGAACAUGGAGAGCUCAGCAUCACAUACAAGUUUUGGGAUAASGGGCAAGACCUUAUCUUUGAGAGACUGAAGUGAAGGUUCUGUGUUUAUACACAACCUGAUUUUCCUGAAGUUUGGUUUGUUUGCCAUGUUUUGAGGCAGUUUCCAGAAUAGUUAAGUCCUCCUGGAGAGAGUCCUUGUUGGAGAGAGGAAGGGAUCUGUAUAAAUUCCUUCUCCCAUGCACAGUUUGAGGAAAACUCUUCGCUGACAACCUACCUCUUGCAGAUUCCAGGCUGCUUUUAGGGAAUUUGUAAGUGGGAGGAGAAUGCCGUGAAGUUUUCUGUUUACACAGGUUGUUCUUUAAAAAAAUUAUGUUUGAUAUUUUUGUUCUGAGAAAAUAAACCAACC